AUGUCGAUCGAUUUUCCCGCCGAGGAGGAGGUUAUCCUCAAGCGGUGGAGGGAGAUUGAUGCCUUCAACCGCCAGGUUGAGCUCUCCCGAGGCCGUGAACCUUACACUUUUUACGACGGUCCGCCCUUCGCAACCGGCCUUCCGCACUAUGGCCAUCUUUUGGCAUCCACCAUCAAAGACAUUAUUCCCAGAUAUUGGUCGAUGAAGGGCCACUAUGUUGAACGUCGCUUUGGAUGGGAUACCCAUGGUUUGCCUAUUGAAUACGAGAUCGACAAAAAGCUUGGCAUGUCUGGUCUCCAGGCGGUCGAGAAGUUCGGCAUUGAGAAGUACAACGAGGAGUGCCGGGCCAUUGUCAUGCGUUAUGCUGGAGAAUGGCGUGAGACUAUUGAGCGUCUGGGUCGCUGGAUUGACUUUGACAAUGACUAUAAGACUAUGAACCCAAGCUUUAUGGAGUCUGUCUGGUGGGUUCUGAAGGAACUCUUCGACAAGGGCAUGGUCUACCGUGGCCACCGGGUUAUGCCUUUCUCGACUGCUCUCAACACCCCGCUCAGCAAUUUUGAGGCCCAACAGAACUACAAAGAUGUGCAAGAUCCCGCAGUCGUUGUGACUUUCCCUCUCUUGGAUGACCCGGAAACCUGUCUGCUGGCUUGGACAACUACCCCGUGGACUCUCCCCUCCCACACUGGUCUGUGCGCCAACCCUACCUUCGAGUACGUCAAGAUUCAUGAUGAAGCCACCAAGAAGAACUACAUCCUCCUCGAGUCUCUGCUCCGCACUAUCUACAAGGACCCAAAGAAGGCUAAGUUCAAGAUCGUCGAUCGCCUCAAGGGAUCCGAUAUGCUGGGAUGGAAAUACGAGCCUCUCUUCGACUACUUUUACGAGGAGUUCAAGGACCACGGUUUCCGUGUCCUGAAUGAUGGAUACGUCACUGCUGAGGAUGGUGUUGGUAUUGUCCACCAAGCCCCUGCAUUCGGUGAGGACGAUUACAAGGUUGCGGUUGAUCACGGAGUGAUCGAUCCCUCUCGUCCUCCUCCUAACCCAGUCGACCCGAACGGUUGCUUCACUGAGGAGGUCCGGGACUUCGCCGGACAGCACGUCAAGGCUGCUGACAAGGCCAUUAUUAAGCACCUUAAGGGAACUGGCCGUAUCCUCGUUGAUAGCCAGAUUACUCACAGUUAUCCCUUCUGCUGGAGAUCUGAUACCCCUCUGAUUUACCGGGCUGUGCCCGCUUGGUUCGUGAAGGUCACACCCAUUAUUCCUCAGAUGCUUGACAACAUUGAGAAGUCCCAUUGGGUUCCUUCUGUGGUUAAGGAAAAGAGAUUCAGUAGCUGGAUUAAAAAUGCUCGCGACUGGAACAUUUCCCGGAAUCGUUUCUGGGGAACUCCUCUCCCGCUGUGGGUUAGCGAUGACUACAAGGAAAUUGUCGCCGUGGGAAGUGUGGAGGAGCUCAAGAGGCUCAGCGGUUACGAGGGCGAACUUACUGACCUUCACCGUGAUAAGGUAGAUCAUAUCACCAUCCCUAGCAAACAGGGCAAGGGCGUCCUUCGUCGUGUGGAAGAGGUCUUUGACUGCUGGUUUGAGUCGGGUAGCAUGCCAUAUGCCUCUCAACACUAUCCCUUUGAGAACAAAGACCAGUUCGAGAAGAGCUUCCCUGGUGACUUCAUUGCCGAGGGACUAGACCAGACUCGAGGAUGGUUCUACGUGAUGUGUGUUAUUGGUACACACCUAACAGGAAAGAUCCCGUUCAAGAAUUGUGUUGUGAACGGAAUUGUCCUCGCUGAAGACGGCAAGAAGAUGUCAAAGAGACUGAAGAACUACCCGGAUCCUAAUCUGGUCAUUGAUCGUUAUGGCUCGGAUGCCCUGCGUCUUUACCUCAUCAACUCACCUGUCGUUCGUGCAGAGCCCCUUCGAUUCAAGGAAUCAGGUGUGAAGGAGAUUGUUGCAAAGGUCCUCCUUCCUCUGUGGAACAGUUAUAAGUUCUUUGAGGGCCAGGUGGCUCUUCUGAAGAAGGCUUCUGAUAUUGAAUUCGUCUUUGACCCUAAAGCUGAGGCCACAAACACUAAUGUCAUGGACCGUUGGAUUCUGGCAAGUUGCCAGAGUCUUCUCAAGUUCGUCAACGAGGAGAUGGCCGGGUACCGUUUGUACACCGUUGUGCCUCGUUUGCUGGGAUUGAUUGAGAACACCACUAACUGGUACAUUCGAUUCAACCGCAAGCGCCUGAAGGGUGAGAAUGGAGUCGAUGAUACUCUGCACGCCCUAAACACUCUCUUCGAGGUGCUUUACACCCUUGUCAGAGGCCUGGCCCCCUUCACUCCCUUUAUUACCGACAGCAUCUACCAGCGUCUUCUUCCCCACAUUCCAGAGUCUCUUCGCGCCGAGGACAGCCGCAGCGUUCACUUCCUUCCCUUCCCUGAAGUUCGCCAGGAGCUGUUCGACGAGGUUGUGGAGCGCAGAGUCGCCCGCAUGCAGAAGGUGAUCGACCUUGGUCGUCUUUCCCGUGAGCGCCGUUCGAUCGGUCUGAAGACCCCGCUGAAGUCACUUGUCGUGAUUCACCAGGACCAAGAGUACCUUGAUGAUGUGAAGUCUCUGGAGAGUUACAUCCUGGAGGAGCUUAACGUUCUUGACCUUGUCCUCUCUGCUGAUGAGGACAAGUACAACGUUCAGUACAGUGUCAACGCUGACUGGCCCACUCUUGGCAAGAAGCUGAAGAAGGAUGUGCAGAAGGUUAAGAAGGCUCUGCCCUCGCUCUCUAGCGAGGAAGUCAAGAAGUACGUCUCCGAGAAGAAAAUCUUGGUCGACGGCAUUGAAUUGGUUGAGGGUGAUCUUGUUGUGAAACGAGGCAUCAAGGAGGACUCUGGCUCCUCCGGCAUGGAGACCAACACCGAUGCGGAUGUCAUGACUAUCCUUGACGCCAACCUGUACCCAGAGCUUGCGCACCAGGGUAUUGGUCGUGAGAUCAUUAACCGCCUUCAGCGUCUCCGUAAGAAGGCUGGCCUUGUCCCCACUGAUGAUGUGAAAAUGGAGUACACCGUACUCUCAGACCCGGAGAACAUCGGCCUCAGCGAGGCCUUCAAGUCUCAAUCUCAGGCCAUCGAGAAAGCCGUUCGUCGCCCUCUGGAUGAGCGUGCGCUGGUUGAUGGAAAGGCUCCGGUCUCUGAGGAGGGAACCAUCGAGCAGGAGGAGCAGGAGGUUCAAAAUGCGACAUUCCUGCUACGUCUGGUCAAGCUGUAG